UUACCAGGUGGUGUAAACAGGUAGUGUAUAUAUUACCUGGAAAAUAUCGCCUGGAUUUCCGUACAUAUCUUUUGCCUUAUUCCGCCGGUGAAGAUGGCAUCGUCAUCGAUAGCUACGCCGUCGAUAGCUACUCCGGACACCUUAAUUACUCUUAAGGUUAACUUCGAUGGCACGACUCGUCGUUUUAAGUUGCCUCUUCGCGAGCUUGUUCUGAGCACACUCGAAGACAAGCUCCGUUCUUUCCUACAGAUCCCUGUUGGUACGGCUGUCAUAUAUGAACGGUAUUCCGAUUCGGCUGGAUCCUUCGUCGUCUUACAUCCGACCAAUGUUCCUGCUUACAAGCAACUCUAUCGAGCUGCUAAGGCCAAGCAAAAGUUAAAGCUGCGAGUAACUACGCAAGCCAAACCUGUGCCACAGCCCAAACCCGAACCCCAACCUCAACCUCAACCUCAAGCCCAGUCUCAAUCUCAGUCUCAGUCUCAGUCUCAAUCCCAGUCCCAGUCCCAGUCCCAGUCCGAGCUUGUGCUCGAGUCCGUGCCCGUACCCGCACCUCUAUCCGAACCGGAACCACACAAGGUCCCUAAGCCUGUUACUAUUGAAGACGAGCCCGAAACAGAGUCUCGAGAAGUAGUUGAGCCUAUUGCCCGUGUUCCGUCACCAACACCAGAGCCUUCUGCAUCAACUUCUUCUGAGGCCCCUACUGGAAUCUUAGACACUGUCCCUGUCUCCGACAUUCAUUCGAAUCUACCGAACUUCGUUAAGUUAUGGCAGAACCAUGGCAGACCCAGGAUCCAUCUGAAACGGGAUGCUGAAGGCAAAGAGGUAGUUGAUCUAUUGAGCUCUACGUCUUCAGCCCCGGCCGAGCCUUUGGUAUCGCUAGAGUCGAGCGAAGAGAACGUACUUCGAUGUCCUUUCACUCGGACUGCAUCAAAGAUGGCUCACACUACUGACCUAGCCUGGGAAACCCGCAAGAAAGAGACCGCUACCCCCAAGGCCCUGGAAGCUGCAGAUGUUAUAUUUCCUAAGCGUCAGUUCACUGUUUGCUGCAAUAGCUGCGACCGAGCCGUUCCCGAUGCUCAUUUCCACUGUUCUACCUGCGAUGACGGUGACUUCGACCUCUGCCAGGAUUGUGUCGACCGGGGCAUUACCUGCUACAACGAAGGCCAUUGGCUCAUCAAGCGGUUUCUUAAAGAUGGACAGGUCAAUUACAGCACUACUCACAUUGCUCCCAAAACCUCCCGUUCCCAAACAAGCAAGGCUCCCGUGAGCCUUCCUAUCAGACCCGCUGAGAAUGCAAACUUGGUACCUCCAACAAGAGUCUGGGAGGCCACUUACAAUGACCGCACCUGCAACUGUUGUGUUCAGGAUUUCCCCGGAGAGGACUUCCUUCACUGCACUACAUGCGAUGAUUAUGAUCUAUGUAAGAGUUGCUUUGCCAAGAACAAGCAUGGUCAUCACCCGGCACAUGGGUUCGCUCCUGCUGUCAAGGGUACCGCCUUCGAUCAUGAUGUGUCUUCGCUCUUGUCUCCCGGCCGAAAUGCUGCCCACAAUGCCAUUUGUGAUGGCUGCGACAAGUACGUCCGAGGUGUCCGAUACAAGUGCCUAGACUGCCCUGAUUGGGACUACUGCUCGGAAUGUGUAAUGAAUGCCGACUUCAUUCACCCCAAUCACCGUUUUGUAACAAUCUACGAGCCCUUGACUGAUCAGCCAUUCCGCUCCUUCAUGCGUGGUACACACUACGGCAUCUGCUGUGAUGGACCGCUAUGCUCGGCGUCCCGUGCUCAAUCGAGAUACAUUGUCGGUGUACGGUAUAAGUGUGCUGUCUGCCACGAUACCGACUUCUGCGCCAACUGCGAGGCUAGCCCCUCUAACACGCACAAUAAGACGCACCCAUUGAUCAAGUUCAAGACUCCGGUACGUCAUGUCAGCGUUACUACUACCGGUGAGCAUGAGGAUGGUCACCGUCUCCCCGCGAUGGGAGACCGCGCCCGGCCUAUCACCGUUGACAAUGUGGCUGCGGCUGCUCCAGCAGACGAGAGCAUUGCUGCCACGCCUGUGCAAACCGUAGUCGACGUGCAACCUACCGAGCAGCAAUCACCCAAGACAGAGGAGACGGACGAAAUCAAGAUCAAGAGUGAAGUAGUAGAACCUGAGGUAGUCGCCUCGAUCGAGAAGAAGCCAAACUCAGAUGAGCUCAUUGCCGUCUUCCUACGGGACACCAUUACCGACGGAACUGUUCUACCACCGAAUCAGACUUUUGAACAGGUCUGGGUUGUUCGAAACGAAGGUACCGUUCCCUGGCCGGCCGGCUGCUCUGUCAAAUUUGUUGGUGGCGAUUACAUGGGUGCCGUCGACCCCGCACACCCCGCCGGUAUUCACGAACUGGUGUCAGCCUCGGAGUCAACCGUCUGCUACAACACUCUUAACCCGGGCCAGGAAUUCCCUUUCACUGUCUUGAUGCGUACUCCGGAUCGGGAAGGCAAGGUGAUCUCGUAUUGGCGAUUGACGACCCCGGAUGGUGUCAAGUUCGGUCACAAGCUGUGGUGUGACGUAACUGUUCAGGCACCUCGUGUUAAGGCUGCCUCGGAAGAGUCGCAGCAUGAACUUGAUGUUAUCACCAGCCCAGCAUCAGGCUCUAAACUGGCGGAAAGCCAAAUGAUUAUUCCUAAACUAGAGCACGAAUCGCCAGCUGCUAGCAUGCACGAGAAGGCUCAGUCAGAAAGCGAACUGGAGGCAGAGACGGCCACUCUCGCCCAGUCGGUACAGGAUUCGCAGGAUUCACAGGAUGACGACUUUGAAGACUGUGGCGAGGACGAGGAAUGGGCCGAGUCUGAGAAUGGAUUUAUGACGGAUGAAGAGUAUGACAUUCUCGAUGCGUCGGACGAGGAGUAUUUCUCAGAACAGCACAAGUCGGCGUCGAGGAAGUAAAAGCGUAAUAAGCAUGCUGGGCACAAUUGGGGGAGGAUAAGGACUCGGUUGCAGUGUGAUGUUGGGUGAAGGUUCACCAUUUUCCUCUCACGGGUGUUACUUGUUUCGGAAGUUUUCGAUUCGGCGAUGGCUUCUCUCUUCCUGGCUAUGGAUCUCCAUGGCUUUUACACACACAUCUCAAC